UCAUCUGAUUGCUGUCAAAAUAUGUCAGGUAACAGAAAAAAUAACCUCAAAUUAAGUCUCACGGUUAUGAAAUCAAAAUACCAACAAGUAUGGAGUUAGAAGUUUUAGAUGCCCCAAAAACUAAUAAAACCCGUAAAUUAUCUCGUGUUGGGAAGACUUUGAUUUACACAACGGGUGGACUAGCAGUGGGCGUUAGUAUUGUAUGUAUUCCGUUUGUUUCUCCGGCUUUGAGAAGAGUUUGUUUACCUUAUGUGCCUGCAACAACUGAGCAACUUGCUGGAGUGUCGAAGGCUUUAGCAGGUCGCAGUGGAAAACUUCUGGACGUUGGAUCUGGUGAUGGAAGAAUAGUUUUUACUGCUGCCAAACUUGGCUUUAAGGCCGAUGGAGUAGAAUUAAAUGCUUGGCUCGUCUAUUAUUCAAGGAUAGUAGCGCUAUUAAACUCCCAGUACAGAGGAACACGGUUUUAUCGCAGAAAUCUUUGGAAAUUUGAUUUAAAACCUUACAAUAACAUAGUUAUAUUUGGUGUGGAACAAAUGAUGAGUGAAUUUGAAAGCAAACUGUUGCAAGAGACUGAUAAUGGCACUGUGGUGGUUGCAUGCAGGUUUCCACUGCCCAAUAUGGUUCCAGUAGAGAUAAUUGGCCAUGGUGUUGAUACAGUGUGGAAAUAUGUUGUGACUAGAUAAUAACUUGUGUAGCUAAUAACUUUUAUGGUAAAGCAACAUCAAAUUGUUUAGUUGACAGUAAGUAAAUUACUUACAGUUUAUAUUAUGUAGGGUACAUUGUUACAUUAAAAUGAAGAAUUUCUUAAUUUUUAGGUAACAUAGGUUUGUGGAUUUUUUUGUGAAUCAUAAAAGAGUUCUAAGAUCAUAACUGUUUAAUAUCUUUUCCUAAAUAUAAGCAAGUCAAAAAGACGGCUGGUUGUGAAUGUGCAAGCCUGUGGGAAAAUGUGUGUAACUACAGUACAACUUGUAUUCACAGUGACACCAGAGUUACCAGAUAAAUAUAUUUAUUAUUAUAUGUAAUAUAUGGUAUAUUUAGACACCAGAUGUUUGAUAAAUUACCACCUUAUAUAACAUUUGCUGCAACUCACAAUUAGCCAUUGGUUGUAAUGAAAUAAGUGGGUUUUAGUUCAAUUGAUCACAGAUACAUUUUACAUCCUUGGGAGUUUAAAUACUUAGCUGUAUCAAGUAAAAAAAAAUAUAUAACUGUACAAUUUAUGUAUGAAACAUUUUUUAUAGUUCCUUAGAAAUAAAUUAUAAUACAAAUGUGUUUGUUUAAAAUCUGCCACUUCUUUUCCUCCCAGUAUAUUUUGUGUCGGGUUUGGUAUCUUUGCCUUGUUUCCUUCUCCUUUCUUUUUUCUCCAUAAUCCAUGUUCUUGAGUUCUUCAGUGGUUUACCUCUUGCACCCCUUGUGGCUUCUCGUUUUGCAUAUUUCACUUGCAGUCCAUUAUCUGUUUCUUCUGUACCUAAUGCCUGUGGAAGUGGUGCAGACCCUCCUGUCAUCAACA